AUGACGUUAAAAAUUAUUCUCCUGGUUUGUGCCAUCUUCGCUGAGAUUUUCAUACUUGGAGAAACCAGAAAAGUAUCCAUCAACGAGUACUCAUAUCACGUGUCUGUUCAAAAAUUUGGAAAGCAUAUAUGUAGUGGUGCUUUGAUAUACGAAUCCUGGAUUUUAACCACAGCAUCCUGCGUAUUCAAUUUGAAGGCUUCCGAUAUCAAAAUACGCGUUCGUUCUGAAUCUUUGAUAAAGAAUGGAGAUGAUUUGGAUGUUGAUAACAUCGUUAUCCAUAACCAUUUUGACAAAUGUAUUAAUCUCAACGACAUUGCUUUAAUAAGGUUGAAAACACCAGCAUUGUUUGGACCAAAAUUACAACCAAUCGGUUUGCCAGGAAGUGCUGAUUAUUUCAUCAAAGAUAACACCACUGUUUUCGUUACUGGAUGGCAACGAAAAUUAUCGCAAGAUAUACCAAUCGAAACUGAGUUAUCGGUAAUAAGCGUGAUGACUGUAAAUCAGGAAAAAUGUAGUUCCGUGAUGCCAAGUUACCAACCACUCUCCGAGAACAUGCUUUGUGCUGGUAACAUGACUAAAGGAGUGGAAACGUGUCAGGGAGAUCUAGGAGCACCUCUCAUGGUAGACCAGAUGCUGAUUGGGAUUCUAUCCUAUGGAUUAGGAUGUGAAACUAUGCUACAUCCUGGUGUCUAUACCCGUAUCAGUAAUUACCUCAAGUGGAUUGCUUCGAAUUCGGGCGUUCACUACUAA